GCUAAAAUCGAAUCAUGUGACUUGCUGAAAAUGGCGAAGUCCAUUCAACAAUAACAUUUUCUUAUCUUUAUUGAGUUUCUUUUGAGCAACAUAACAUUCAGACAUUUCGUAUAAAGAAAUUGAUUACAUACGAGAAAUUCGUUAUUUUUUUCCAUAACAAGAUGAAGCUUUUUUGCAUUUCUGUGAUGGUGUUCAUGCCAAUUGUAACAGCCCUUAUUGAUUUCCCACAACUUAACCACAUAAAGCCAAAAGCAACCCCUGAACAACAAGCCCAAGCUGUAAAGGAUUUGAUCAGUAGAUUAAUCAAGGACAGAGCUUCUGAAUUUAAUGUUAUAGUUGAUCCAAGUAUUGGACCAAACAAUAAAGAUACAUUCCAGUUAAGAUCUACAGAGAAUGGAAUUGAGGUUACUGGUACAAGUGGUGUUUCUGCUUCAAUGGGAUUCUAUUAUUACCUAAAAUAUUAUUGUAAUGGUCAGCGCACAUGGGCAGGUCAACAAACUGAGCUGCCUCCAACUCUCCCAGUUAUAACCACUCCUAUCAAAAUUACCACCAAUGACAAGUUCCGUUAUUAUCAGAAUGUUUGUACAGUCAGUUAUACAAUGGCAUUCUGGCAAUGGCCACGUUGGGAACAAGAAAUUGAUUGGAUGGCUAUGCAAGGAAUUAAUUUGCCUCUUGCAUUUACAGGCCAAGAGGCUAUUUUUCAAAGGGUUUACAUGAGUUUGGGAUUCACACAAGCUGAUAUGGAUGGAUUUUUUGGUGGUCCAGCUUUUCUAGCUUGGGCUAGAAUGGGUAACAUCCAAGGAUGGGGAGGUCCACUCCCACAGAUGUGGAUAACCAACAAGUUAGUUUUACAACAUCAGAUACUUGAGCGCAUGCGGUUAUUUGGAAUGAUACCUGUGUUACCUGCAUUUGCUGGACAUGUGCCCAGUGGAAUAACAAGAAUUUUUCCACAAGCAAAGGUCAGCAGGUUAGGAACAUGGAGUAACUUUAAUACAACUUAUUCAGGAACUUACCUGUUGGAUUUUCAAGAUCCUUUGUUCAACAAAAUCAGCAAAGCUUUUAUUGAAGCUCAAGCCAAUGAGUUUGGUACAGAUCACAUCUACAAUGCUGAUACUUUUAAUGAGAUGACCCCAACAUCUAGUGAUCCUACAUACAUUAGCAAUGCUGGAAAAGCUGUCUAUUAUGGGAUGCUGGCUGGUGACCCACAAGCUAUUUGGUUAAUGCAGGGAUGGCUGUUUUAUGAUUCCUACUGGACACCAACCCUUGUCAAAGCUCUUGUUACCUCAGUACCACAGGGACGAAUGAUUGUGUUGGACUUAGAUUCAGAGAAUGGACCCCUGUACCAAAGAUUUGAAUCUUACUAUGGCCAGCCGUUUAUUUGGUGUAUGUUGCAUAACUUUGGGGGAACAAUGGAGUUGUAUGGUGCUGUUGAUAGCAUUAACAAGGGUCCAUUUGCUGGUCGCCAGUUCCCUAACUCUACAAUGAUAGGGAUUGGUCUAACACCUGAAGGAAUUCACCAGAAUGAGGUCAUGUAUGAAUUUAUGAUGGAAAACUCAUGGAGGACAGAGCCCAGAGACAUCGAUCAGUGGGUGACGCAGUAUUCCCGCCAGCGUUAUGGUGCAGACAGUGCAGAUGCUGCCGUGGCGUGGAAACUUUUAAUGAGCAGUGUUUACAAUGCUACGUCUAAAAUUUGGGAUUUUGAUCAUGUCUUAAUCACCCAGAGACCUACCACCAAUUCUGACAUCCACUCAAAUGUCUGGUACAACCCUGAAGAUCUGUAUAAAGUUUGGGAUGCUAUGCUGGCAGCCUCAGGAGACCUGGCAGGCAGUCAACUCUUCCAUUAUGACAUCACUGAUAUCACAAGAAACUGCCUGCAGACUGUUGCGUUAAAGUUCUACACAGACCUUAAUACUGGCUUUAAUAACAAAAAUGUUAAUGCUGUUAAGGUGGCUGGUGCCAGCCUAGUAGAUCUUCUAGCAGACUUGGACCACCUGCUUUCAGCCAAUGAACGUUUUCUGCUGGGGACCUGGAUAGCUGAUGCCAGGUCAUGGGCUACAGAUGCUGACGAGUCAAAGUUGUAUGAAUAUAAUGCUCGCAACCAAAUAACACUGUGGGGGCCCAAUGGGGAGAUUCGUGACUAUGCAUCUAAACAAUGGGCAGGUGUAACAGCAGAUUUUUACAAGCCUAGAUUUGAUUUCUUCACACAGUGGUUAGUUCAACUUCUCCAAAAUGGAACAGCUUGGGAUGGCAAUGUGUUCUCUAAAGCUAUCAUGGCACAAGUAGAGGCUCCCUGGACUUUACAACAGUACCAGUACCCAACAACACCUACAGGAAACCCAAUCUUAAUCUCCAUGUACUUCCACUCCAAGUAUAGACCCAUGACCAAAGAUCCAUUUUUUACCAAGCUCUGGCAAGAGUCACAGGUGGAAAAAGGUGGAAAAUACAAGAAUGCUUAUGAGCGGAAAAUGGCAAAGCUUUCUGGAAAAAUAUAGAUUUUGAAAUAUUUUAUUUACUUGAUAAAGUGUAUUCAUUGAUGAUGCUUGUUAUUGCUCAAUACAGGCUUGUGUUUGUUAUUGUUCAAUACAGGCUAUUGAAUCAUUUUAUAUUGUUCAGUUUGAUCCUCUAAUUAAUUAAUAUAUGCUAAUGUUGAAUUUUAUUUUUUACAUGAUGCGUAUAUCAUUUAACAUGCUCCCUGCCCCUAUUAUUUAAAUGUUUUUUUAAUAAUUAAUUAACUAUGCAAUUUUUUUGUAUUCAAAUGCAUGACCUCCGAUUUAUGGUUUUUAUUCAUACCAAUGGUGCAAUUAUUUGAUGUAGACGAUGAAAGUUUGUCAUAAGUUAAUGAUCAGUAUGUUGCAAGCCUUGAGGUGUCAGAAAAUAUUCAAAAUUGUUGCUUGAUACAUUCCAAGACACCAGAGAUGUUAAUCUCAAGUUACUGAUGAUGCGAGUUAUUUGAACAAUUUGUUUGGGUUGGAUUCUUAAUAAGUUUUAUACAAGUUUUACAUACAAAUGUUUUGGUGGGUUAUUUGAAUAAUUUUUUUUAUAAAUGUUAGCAUAAAUUGUGUAUUGCUUUUGUAAGACAUAUCUUGAAUAUGUCCUUUUAAUUUUUUUUUCUAUUGUCUUUCCUUUUCAAUAGGCAUAGUAAUAAAAAUAUAUUUGAGUAGCU